CUCAAUUUCAAUUAUCAAAAUAAUUGUAUUGAUUGGUUUAAUAUUUACCAAUUUUAUCGUAAAAUGAAUUUUAUACUUUUAAAAAAGUUUUACCAAUUAAUACAAAUAUAACCUUUUUGUGUUACAAGUAUAUCUCUGGGUUACAAUUGCUUAUAAAUAAUUCCCAUUAUUUACACGAAUUAUCAAUUUACAUUCACAUUGUAAAAAUAUGUCAACGCAUAUAUUGGAUACGGCGGUUGAGGCGGCCAAAAAAGCAAUACAAUUUGAUCAAGAAGGUCUAAUUGAUCCCUCAAUUUACUAUUAUGAGGCAGCAGCGAGAAUGUUGGAAGAAGUCUCUAUCAGUGAACCGGACAAGGCUGAAGCGUUCGAACCAAAAAUCUCUGAUUAUAAAAGCAGAGCUCAGGCACUUCGUGAUAGUAACAAAACAAGCGGUUUAAUUAAAGAGGAUGAAAGUGAACAGAGAAAAAGGCAAUGCUAUUUUCUGAUGCAACAGGCAAUAGCAAGUGAUGAAUCUGGUGACAAGGAAGAUGCAAUUGAAAUGUACACACAAGCAAUUGAAUAUGCCACCCAGUAUCCAGAUUUAAUGCAAAGUGAUCUUAGAGCUCUGGUGUUGCAGGCUUUAGACAGAGCUGAAAUAUUAAAAGGUAUUAAGAAAGAAGAGACAACUGCGCCCAAUUCACCAAAAACAGCAAGUCAGCACAAUGUUUCAAGUACUAGUCAAAGACCAACUUUACACAGAGGAUCCAGUGCUCACUUACAAGUUUCUGGGGGUGAUACCUAUUCAGAUGAAGAGAAAAUGGUUUUACUCACAACAUCUAAUAUUAAUGGAAGACAGUAUGUGCCUUUCAUGAGUGUGGAUUUAAACGAAAAAUUCCAAUAUUCAAUUCCAUUCACUGAUAAACAUGGACAUUUAGCUUUGUCCAGAAAACAGAAGGAACAAUGUGUUGGUUUUGUCAGGCCAUCAGAAAUCUGUGAACAACCUUGUAUAGUUUAUGGAAAUGUUCCAAACUACCUCAAUAUAAAACAAACAGUCAUAUCAGACUGUUCUUUUGUGGCUAGUUUGGCAGUCAGUGCUUUAUAUGAGAGAAAAUUUGGCAGAAAACUAGUCACAGCCAUUAUCUAUCCCCAGUCAAAGGACAAGAAGCCAUUAUAUAACCCAUUUGGAAAGUACAUGAUUAAAUUGCACAUAAAUGGAGUGUCCAGGAAAGUUAUAAUAGAUGACAGCUUUCCUGUGGACAGAUAUGGUAGACUAUUAUGCUCCUAUUCCAGUGUCAAAAGUGAAUUCUGGAUCUCACUUUUGGAAAAAGCAUACAUGAAAGUUAUGGGUGGGUAUGAUUUUCCAGGAAGCAACAGUAAUAUUGAUUUGCAUGCUUUAACUGGUUGGAUACCAGAAAGAGUUGCCAUAAGGUUGAAUGAACCAGACUUUAACAAAGAUACACUUUUUGCAUCCCUCGAGUCUAGAAUGGCUAAGGGAGAUGUUCUGGUUACAGUUGCAACAGGAGAGUUGUCUGAUCUUCAAGCUGAAAGAUCUGGACUAGUACCAACUCAUGCUUAUGCUGUUAUGGAUGUUAGAACCAUCAAUGGAAAAAGACUCUUGAAACUUAAAAAUCCUUGGUCACACCUUAGAUGGAGAGGAAAUUACUCUGAACUUGAUGUUAAACAUUGGACGCCUGAACUUCAAUCUCUUCUCGAUUAUGAUCCAAAUAGUGCUGCACAAUUCGACAACGGUGUAUUUUGGAUUGAUUAUGACAGUGUUUGUAACUUUUUCGACGUGUUUUACUUGAAUUGGAAUCCUGAAUUAUUUCAGUACACCUACUGCAUUCAUCAAUCUUGGGAUGCUGGAGAAGGACCAGUGAAAGAUUUAUAUACUGUUGCUGCAAAUCCUCAAUAUUCGUUGGACAUAUCUGGGGAAAAUUCUGGGGCUGUUUGGUUGCUAUUGACUAGGCAUAUCACAGAUAUUGAUGAUUUUAGAGAAAAUAAGGAAUAUAUUACAAUUUUUGUCUACAAAGGUGGAAAGAAGGUUUAUUAUCCAUAUGAUCCUCCACCAUAUAUUGAUGGUGUAAAAAUAAACAGUCCUCAUUACACAACAAAAAUUAUUUUGGGACCUGGAAGUUCUAGGAAAUACACCAUUGUUAUAUCACAGUAUCAAAAAUCAACAACAAUUCAUUACACUUUGAGAGCUUAUGCAACAUGCCCAUUCACGCUAACCAAGAUCAGAAACCCCUACACUCAAGAACAACAAGUAACAGGAGAAUGGAAAGGAAUAACAGCUGGUGGUUGUCCCAAUCAUCCAGCAUCUUAUCCCAACAAUCCUAAGUUUAAAAUAGAUAUUGAUUCCACAUCAAACAAUAAUCAGUUAUUGAUAGAAUUGAGAGGACCUAAAGUGUAUCAAAUGGGUAUAGAAGCAAUAAUUCAAAAAGUCAAUGAUGAAACUGUAACGGCGCCUUUUAAAUCUAAAUCUUCUGGCCCCUACAGGACUGGAUAUGUCAUUUUAGAACUGGAUAAUAUUCCAGCGGGAACGAUAAAGAUAAUUCCGUCCACAUUUUUACCAAACCAGGAAGGGCCUUUCAUUAUAAAUGUUAAAUCGUCAGCUCCAAUUAAAAUUUAUUAAAACGUUACCAUUGAUAAGCUGACACUGUGAUUGAAUGUUAUUAGGUUGAUGCAAAAGUAAUCUCGAUUUUUAAACAUUAACUUUAAAGACUAUAUUUUUUUUAUAAUAAACUUUAUUAAUCGAAAUAAAAACCAUUUGAAUCGUUCAACUUCUGCAGAGUAGCUUGUGCAACGUGCGGCCGAGCGUUAUUAUGGAACAGAAUUGGUCUGUUGAUCAAUGCCGGACACAUACGUCGGAGCUUCUGGUACAAGAAGUAAUCGUUUCAUCGAAAUUCAGGAAGCUGUAGCUGAUAAGACCGGCGGCGGACCACCAAACAGUCACCAUGAUCUUUCACCACUGCGGAAUUUUUUGAACCACCAUUGUGCCAUACGUUCAUUAGUGGUCCCUGGGCCUAACGCAUUGUUAAUGUUACGAGCUGUCUCGGCAGCUUUUUGUCCAUGCCGUUUUGAAAGUCCUAAAUAAACUAGCGAGUAAAGCUGUCAGAUAUAGCAAAAUCAUAUGUAAAAGUAAACAAUAUAAAAACGGAAAUUAUGUUUGCAAACUUAAUAUGAUUUACACGUCUAAACAGUUAUUUUCAUAUUUGUUAAGUUUAUUAAUGUUGAUGCUUGUUGUAUUAUUUUUGAUUUUAUAAUGCUUUUGCAUGCUUUAUAAUACUGUAUCUUUGAUUUAUUUAAUAAAGUUUAUAAAAAAAUA